GUUUUAUUUGAUUUUAUAUGUGAAUGCUCAGUCAAGAGCUGGUGAUAUAAAAAACAGAGUGAAUAUGCCUCAAGCAUCAGCAGAACGAGUGGACCCUAAUCCAGACAGAGAUUCUCUGCGUGGAGGGGUGCAGCAGCCUGGGAAUCUCCAGAGUCCUCUUGAGAAACCAUCUCCUCUCCUACCUMGUCGCCCGACCAAAGCAUCUGAUCAGCAUAAUGCACCUAUCSUUGCUUUUGGACAGUUUGCUGAAGAMGAGUCCAAAAAGAGGAGAGAGAAUGCWKUGAGGCACCAGGAGGAACUCAAGCAGCAGAUGGAGGAAAACAAGAUAAGGAAGGAGAAGGAGAGAGAACAAAUCAGGAUUCUGGAGGAGAAAAAUGAGAGGGUGAUAGAAGAAUGUCCUCUCAUGAAGCAGCAAUAUCCGGGCCAGAGAAGAAGGCCCAAAGAGAAGUUUAAGGAAAAACUGGAGAUGGAAAGUUGUUGCAAUGAACCUGAAACACAUCGUCAGGAGGAGGAAAAAAGAGCAUCUGAUCAGCAUGAUGCACCUAUCCUUGCUUUUGGACAGUUUGCUGAAGAGGAGUCCAAAAAGAGGAGAGAGAAUGCAAUGAGGCACAAGGAGGAUCUCGAGCAGCAGAUCAAAGAUAAUGAGGAGCGUAAAAUGAGAAAAAAAGAAGAGGAGUUGCGAUCUGUUGCCAAGAUGAUGGGGUACAACCACAACCCUUGGGGCCCAAGCAGGGGAGACACUCGGAUCAAAGGCGAAAAUCCACUGGAUCCUAAUCUUCUCCAACAUCAAACAGACAGACAGUAUUUGAUUUGCACUGUGGUUUAA